AUGAUUGCGAUCGAAUCUCCCCAAAAGUCACCCGCGCCGAAUGCGGUGGCGCAUUUGACCAGAGUUCCGAUAGCCCAGCUUUCUCCUGAUCUUGAGCUAUUGACUGAGAGUUCUUUUUUUGCUGCUGUAGCACUGGUAUGGCCAUACUCAUCUUCGACAAAGUCUGUGAGCCUUUUGUUGGCAGAGCCAGAUUUCCGCCUGAGGGGCGCCAAAGGACAAAUCAAGGUCACAUUUCAUGGACACCUUGCAGAAAAGGUCGCGGAAUCGCAUGUCGGAAUUGGGGAUACUGUCUGUCUGGCCUUGAAAGACACCAAGUUUGUUAGCAAUGAAAGCGCCCAGCAGACCCCGGGAAGGUCUGUCGCGUGGGAUGCGCACUUUGAGAAUGGCGGGUCUCUCGAGAUAUUCAGAACUUCGCAACCCCCGUUGAUGAUAUCCGUUGAGCCUCAAGUGUCAGCACCGCGUGAAACCGAACUUGCACCGCCCACAACUCCUAGUGGGAAGUCGGUCAAUCCCGAUCUCAACCUGCCUUCUAGUGCACGCCCCUGGGGGUCGCCAGUAUUCCUCAAGUCUCCUCGGACCUCAGUUGGGGGAACAAUCCGUUCCGCUUUCGAUCCUUUUGUGGAAGAAGAUGGAUUUGUGCCAGGGAAAGGAAGAAAAAAACCUAGAUACAGCUUGCACAGGGAAGAUUGGCGUGUUAUCAAUGAACCAGAAAGUCCACAUGAGCAACAAGUGCCGGUGGAUUGGGAGCAGGCUUUGAAUCAAUCGAUCGACCAAGAGCUCGAGGAGGCAGACUCGGCGAGUGAGCCCUCAGAUGACCCAAAGACGGAUGCUGCCCAACCUCCAACUUACACAGAGGAUACACCACAAGAGCCACUUUCACUGUUUCCAAAGCCUUCCCUUGAAUUGACCGGGAGUAUUCUUGAAAGACGUGCCGGCGAGUCAAAUGUUUUGGCCCAUGAACAAGUUGAUAAUCGUGGAACACCUUUUCAUCUGCCAACGGACACACCGCAGAUUCGACCCAUCCCUUCUCCGGGGCUUCCAAUUCCGUCGCCGCUUAUAUCUAAUCACUCUGGCUCCGCUGGCUAUUUCCUACCAUGGACCACGCCCACGCAGCCCGAAGAUAUUCGAUCUGUUCCUACGGAAAUGGAGACCACAGCAUCGUCCGCAGAAACUUUCACCGAGACUCCUGAUUCCGACCCCAUUGAUCCCAUUCUAACAGAGACAGCGGAAUCAGUCGAUCCGGAUAUUGAAACCAUCGAGCAGGAACAUAUCUUGGAUGCCGGUUUCGUCUUCCACGAUGAUUCGGCAUCAUCCCCAGGCUCAGAAAGUUUGCCAGAAGAACGGGAAGUUGAGACAAUCGAUUCCUCCAAAGCUAUUGAUGGAUCAGAUGUCGUUGAAGCUCACGUGGUCAUCAAUCCUACCGGCGGCGAACCUCAAAUUAUAAAUGAGGCACAGCAGGAGCAUACUUUUGAUCAUCUGGAUCUAUCGCACAGCCAAUUACCACCAUCUUCAGGCUCGGAAGACGAACCGAAUGACUCCACCAAUGUGAACGAUGAAUCAGCUGUCGCUCAACCUGAUACCAGUAUCGAAAAUCCCGCUGAUGAAGCUCGAAAGGGUGGUGAGACAGACGACGACCGUCUCAUUGAUGUCAGUUACCUAUGGCGCGAUGAUUCAGCAUCAUCUUCGCGCUCGGAUGAGGACUCGGAUGAUGAAUCACUCGAAUCCUCACAAGCGAUCGAUGGAUCAGGUAAUGCUCAAACUGAUCCUGGCAUCGAAAAUGCCAACGACAAUGUGGAAUCUCCUCAACAACUCGCCAUAUCUCAUGACAAGAAACGUUCCGAGCCAGAUAAUUACUUAGAGAAUUAUCCACAAAAUACCCCUGCCGUUGAUCAGGAUGCGAUCGAUGCCCUCGGAAGAAUGAUAGCCGUUCGAGAGGAAGAACUUGAAAGAAAGAGAGAUAUGGACGAGGAGAAACAAAGCGAAGAUGACCUCGAUGAUUCAUCAGCUCUAGGGGCUUUCGAUCGACCACCCGGUCAAGUGUACAUCGAAGAAAAGGACGAAGUGUACUAUGCAGAGUCAGUGGAAAAUUACGAUUCACAAAAUGAAUAUGAGGAGGCCGAGGACGAUGAUCUGCAUAGUGAUCCUCGAUUUGAAUUUAAAUUAGACGAAGAUGACUCCAGCGUCGAUGAAUCCAGCAGUGAAAGGUCUGAGCAGGAACACCAGCAUCUACCUUCGCAGACAGGAAAACAUGAAAUAAUCGUGCUGGACAGUGACAGUGAUGAUGAGCCUACUUCCAAUCAUCCGGUAACCGAAACUGCGCAGUCAGCUGAACUCGAUGAUGGCUCAAAUCACUUUGAAUCUGGGCAACCAGUUGUCCCUCCAGUUACAGCAAAUUUUGCGACAGAUGCACAAGAAUAUCCAGAGUUAUGGUAUGUCGAUGGAGAGGCUGGCUAUCAUGGAGCCGUGGAAGAAGAUUCUGAAGUUGACGAGGGCGAGGAGAGCGAAGAAAGUGAAGAGCGCGAAGACGAUCAACAAGAUAACCGAGUUCACGAGAGUGACAUGGAUGAUGAUGAGUCGACCCAAGACCACUAUGCAAUGGACAACCCCGAAAAGGACGAAGACGAAGAAAUGGAUGAUGCAGAGCUUAUCGAAGGGGCCGCCAGCGACGAAUCCCAUGCUACGAUCAAGCUUGGCGCACAGCUAAAAAUGCCAAUUGAUCAUGACCCUGAUCAGGAGCAAUCAGGCAAUGCUGAUCCAAAUUUGCUUGAUAUGUCUGAAUCUUAUCAUCAAGACACAUCCUCGGAAAUGGCAUCACCUAAUCCUGAGCAGGACGACGAUGAAGAAAUGGAUGAUCUCGAGCUCAUCGAACAAACUGAAAACAACGAGUCUUAUGUUGUCGUCAAACGGGACGCACAGGUAGAAGUGGCGGUUGAUCGGGAAGCUGACGAGGAGGAACCAAGCAAUAUUGAUCCCCAUUUGCUUGAUAUACCUCAGUCUCAUCAUCGAGACCCAUCCUCGGAAAUGGAAAGCCAUGCCCGGCAGUCUAUCGGUGGGGACGGAGACUCUGCCUUACAUGUCUCUUCGUCUCCAAGAAAUGUUGUGGCCGAUUAUCGGUUAACGCGUGAGCCAACUGUAGAAGGACCUGAGCCCCUUGGAGGUCGCGUCUCACGGUCGGUUAAACCUCCGUUCGAGCGACAACUCCUGACUCCAGACCCCACCCAGGAAAAUGCAUCCACACGUGAACUCGGUUAUGAUAUUGAACCUGAAAUUUCAUUCACGGUCGAAGAAAAUGAACCUACUAGUCUGGAUGGAACGUCGCAGCCUGCUGGCUUCCCGGAGUCCGAGCAGAACGGUGAUAUCGACACAGGACUCAAUCAAAACAUCCAACAGGAGAUACACGUUGAUCGCCAUGAUGAUGCUGUGGCUUCAUCGAAACUCGCUGGCGCCCCGGAACCCCCAGCAACCCCCGAAGCCGGCAGCUCUGUGGAGGUUGUUAUCAGCACCGAAUGCCCUAGGACACCGGUAGCUCCCAUUGCAGAACCCCCAGUUCCCGACCGUAAUGCUUCUGGACUACGUAGCAAACUUUCCUACUUCGCCCCGCUUGCUACACUCAUCGAUCAUUACGAUGCUUUGGUCGAUACCAUCUCAAUCGUCCACGAGGCUUCGCCGAUAACCCGAGCCAAAUCUGGUUCGAAAGACUGGUUCGUGACUAUUCAACUUACCGAUCCCUCCAUGGCUGGCACAACUCUUCGUGCUCAGAUUUUCCGUCGCUACAAGGCCUCAAUGCCGUCAUUGGUUGAAGGUACCGCUAUUCUCUUACGUGACUUCAAGGUUCGGAGCCUCGAUCACACUGUGAUGCUUGUCAGUAUGGAUUCCAGCGCAUGGGCUGUAUUCGACGGAUCUGGUCCCGAUGCCGAGACGAAUGGACCCCCUGUCGAAUAUGGCUCGCAAGAACGUGCCUACGCGUCUGGAUUACGUCGAUGGUAUAAGGAAGUUGGCUCGGAUAGGGUCGCAGAUCGUAUGCUCCAGGAAGCUAUCGCGAGGGACAGCCAGGAGCGCGAUGUGACACCAAUCAGUCAAGUUCCAAGCGAGUCGGGGAGCCCAGAUUCUAGGCGAGGAUCCCUGCGUAAGCGCAAAAGCAAUCGCAGAGUCACUAUCCAUGAGCUCCGCGAUGGCACUCGUUAUACCGAAGUCGGGUCUCCAAACAGUGGCAGCAGCAGUGUUCACGAGUUACGAGAUGGCACGUUGUAUGCCAAUAUUUGA